AAAUUAUAAUACACUUUUAGUUGUUACUAUUGAAAUUAUAUUUUCAGUACAGGACUUCUAUUACUGUUGCAACUAUAAUCAACAUUAAAAUGAGUUUCUAUGUUUUUUUUUGUGUAAUAUUAUGUUUGACGUGUGUACAAAUUGCGUCCAGCGUCGUCUUCAGUAGUUAUUACAAAGACAAUGCCCUUGAAAGAGAAAAAUAUCCCAUAGCAAAUUAUAUUGUAGAUAUAGCAAGAAGUAAAUUUAGAAAUUUUACUGGAGCAUUGACAUUUGGCGCAAUGAAACAUGUUAUAGAAACGGAACAUAUGGAUUCUCAUCUUUUUAAUUACGUCCAAAUUGAGAAUUUCUAUGAAAAUGAUGACGAAUUAUCGGUAAAUGGACUUUUUAAUGAUCAGUAUAUGUUAUUGAAAAAAGAUGAAGAUAUUCUUAAAGAAAAUCUUUCACGAAAAAUUACAAAUAAUAAUGAUAAUAAGAAUGAUAAUAAUAAUAAUGAUAAUAAUAAUGAUAAUAAUAAUAAUGAUAAUAAUAAUAAUAUUAAUAAUAAUGAUAAUAAUAAUAAUGAUAUUAAUAAUGAUAAUAAUAAUGAUAAUAUUAAUAAUGAUAAUAAUAAUGAUGGCAUCGUCAAAUUACAAUAUGCAAAAGACGAGUUUUCAAAGAGCAAUUUGUUUCGUGGUAAAUUAACUGAGGAGGCCUUAGAUAAAAUAAUCAAAAAAUGUAAAGUUGAGAAUGAUAACAUCAGUUACAAAGAGAUGAUAAAAACCAUUACCGAUGGCUGUGUAGAAGAAGAAUUAUAUUCAAUUUGGAUAUUAAAAUCAACAGAUAAUACAUUAACAACUCCUACACAAUAAUAAUAAUAAUAUAGUUAAACUCAUUAAAAAUUGUUCUAUAAUAUAAAUUAUGGAAACUAUUAAAUUUAUUAAUAAGUGUUUAAAUUUAUUUAUAUCAAAUUAUGUUUCAUUUGUAAUAGUGACAGAUCUGUUUUAUUCUGCCGUUAGGCUAUAUGUAUCACAUUUAUACAAAUAUAAUGACUUUAAUAUAUUUUUUUGAGAAAAA